GGGGCCGGCCGCUGCCCCCGCCUCGCGUGCCCAGCCCGCGGCCGCCGCGUCCCCUUCCCCUUCCUGCUCCCGCUGCCCGGCGGCCGUGGCCUCGCGGUGGCCCGGGCCGCACCCCCGAGCCCGGGCGCGAUCGCGGCGGGGCCGCCCGGGGCCCCCAGUUUCCUGCGCGCGGGGGGAGCCGGGCCGGGCCGCGGGGCCAUGGACUCGCCCCCGGUCCCCGUCCCCGGGUCCGACGACGACGGGGAGGACGAGGCGGGGCCCGAGGGCGCGCUGCGCAAGAGCCCGUCGCAGCUGACCGCCGAGGACGUGUACGACAUCUCGUACGUGGUGGGCCGCGAGCUGAUGGCGCUGGGCAGCGACCCCCGCGUCACGCAGCUGCAGUUCAAGAUCGUGCGCGUGCUGGAGCUGCUGGAGGCGCUGGUGAGCGAGGGCUGCCUGGAGGCGGAGGCGCUGCGGCUGGAGCGCGACUCGCUGCAACAGGAGCUGGAGCGGCUGCGGCGCGCGGGCGGCGGCGCGGGCGGCCUGGGCCCCGACAAGAUGGUGGUGGACCUGGCCGACCCCGAGCGGCCGCGCUUCACGCUGCAGGAGCUGAGGCAGGUGCUGCAGGAGCGCAACAGGCUCAAGUGCCAGCUGCUGGUGGCGCAGGAGGAGCUGCAGUGCUACAGGAGUGGCCUGAUUUCGUCAAGAGAAGGGCCAGGAGGAAGAAGAGAAGAAGGUGCUGUGGUUGCCCGGGCCAGCAGUGCCGGUGGGAGCAAGCAGGAGAAGACCGCCCUGCGGAGGCUGUUCUUUUUCCGGUCAGGGAAGCAGUCCUAGACCGAAGGCCGUGACGACGAUGGCAGCACCUUCUCAGGCCCAAGAAGGCAACCUGCUGGCGUCCAGAACGGUCUCUCAGUGCCACCACUGUCCUCCUCCUUCCCUUCUCCCGAGGCUGGGGAGGGACGGCCCCCUGCUCCAGCGCUGCGGAGCUGGGCAGCCCCAGAGGCUGGGCCCCAGGGCCUCGGGAGCACUUCAGAGCACCCAGGAUGGAAGGAGCCACGAUGCUCUGGGUCGAGGGCAGGGCGCGGCUGCUGACUUCUCAGGGGCGCUCUCCCCACGCUUAACAUUACUCCAUUUUGCUAAUGUGACUUUCUCUACAUGGGUUUUGUAUUAAAGAUGACUUGAAGCUUU